AGAAGUCGUCAGGGAAAUCGAGAAUUAGGAAUUAUCCUACGCCAUCGAGAAGACCUAGAUCUUGAGAAAGUAAUUGGGCGGCGUCACUGUGAAAAACGCACCGUAUACUGAAGAUUUUUCCAAGAGAAAAUCAAAACAUUAAAUAUGGAAAAUCAAAACAUUGAAUAUGGAAAAUCAAAACAUUGAAUGAAUGAAUGGAAAAAGUACUCAUGUCGGAAAGCAUAAAUAUGAAGUUGCCACCCGAGGAAGCCUCUGGAGACACCUGUUGCGAAGUGUUGGGCCGCGUUCUGCGAAGUAGCGCUGCUUUAUGUUCUGCUCGAAACAACACCGGAAUCCAUUUUAGAGAUUGAGCUGUAGCCUGUCUUGCUUCAAAUUGUGGAGAUUGGACUUGCGGUGGGGGCUUGUGGAGUUUGAACUGCAGCCGUGGUUUCGAUCGGCUACUUUUGUUUCAGGCUUGGUUGAUCUCCUCGGACUUGGUUGAUCUCCUCAUCUCCGUGCGCUGCUGCUGGUCUUCUGGGGCGAUAAUAAUAGAGUCUCCUCUACAACAUCAAACCUGACAACUUUAAUAUCGAGCAAUUAUGUCGGGCCUGAACCCGCAGGGUCGCAGUACGAACCGACGUGACCGGGAGGCUCGAAAACGACGACCGGGAGGCUCGAGAACGAGACGGUUCUUCAGAACUGGACGUAAGACGGAUGAACACGUUCUGUUGGAGAAUCAUUUUGAUGGGUCGGAGUUCGACAGUGAUGAGGAGGCACACGAGUACGCAGAGGCCUGGAAAGCUGAUAUUAGGGCCUAAGGUCGUUGUUGAAUGUGUUUCGUCUUACUGGUUUAGGAGAACUACUUGCGACGCGUUGACGAUGACCAUCUUCAAAUGGUAUAUCUUUUGUUUUCCGAUGAGAAUCCAAGGAGAUGGCUUUAGAGGUGAAUGAUCGUGAGCUCUAAGGAUAUCGUUCACGAAUUGGGCGGCCGAACCGUGAGGGCGCAAUUGAUGGGCAGCAGUCCGUCCAAUGACAUUAAGGCUGCUGGGUUUACUUAGUACAGCACCUCAUUCUCCACUACCACCAUUUAGCAAUUCUAUCUGAGGACUCACAUCCACAUGAACUGAGCCGAGCGUAGGAAAUGGAAGGAGAUGUUGGAGAUCACACGAUUAUUCUCAUAAUGUUAGAUAGACUUGAUGAUGAACAUGCACCCACAACAGGAUGUCAGAUUUUUGGCAUCAUAUUUUCACGUCUAACUUUGACAACGUGGACAAAACAAAAGCUUCCAGCAGUCCCGCUGCACCGAGUGCACGUCUCUCCGAGGGCGGUGAAGGUGGAGCUGCGAGCUCAACGGAACCGACGAGGGGCGAUCCAGUGUUGACUUCGAGAGCGGAGAGUCGUGGAGGGACGCCGAGGCUGAAUGACGAGGAUCGCAGUGAUGGCGCAGCCCAAGACGGACCCUUCGCAGUUGAGAACUUUCCCUCCUGCUCGGAGGGGCUUUUAGAACGGCAACGGCUGUUCAAGUCUUUCAAAACUCUCUAUCCCUGGAUCUACACAGUCUUGCUCGGGUUUUGCGUUGCGCUCAAUGGUGCCUACAUAAGCAGCGGUGCGGACUGGUUUGGAGACUUUCGUUUCGGAAUCUGUUCGAAUAUCUCAGUUCUGGCAGACCGCAAGCGUUGCUGUGGGGGAAUCGACAACUACGACGAGCGCACAGACAAGUGUAUUUACACUACGUGAUGUUAGAUAAUGCUGCGCCAGCCUCUAUCUGACCGGCUGCAGAGUUUUGGCAGCAGAUGGAAAGUGGCGCGCCUCCAAAGAUCUGCGCUCGAGCCUCGAGAAAAUACGUGGACGGCCCCGGGCAGACGCGAACGCAGAAAGCGGGGUCCGCUUGUGUGUUUGUGGGCGCAUUCCAUCGUGCGAUCGCCUCGGGCAGGUUUAGGUGCCCAUUCUGCGAGCAUUUGGAAUCCGCUGGGAGCUGCGGCGUCAUUGUGCGCCCCCGUCACCACGGUCGCCACUUGGUAGGGCGUGGGCAGCGACAGCACCGCGCACGCGGUUGCUACAGGUGAGGCCGCGGACGGUCUCCGCCUCGCUUUGACCACUGGCGCGGCCGCGGCCGCUGUCGCACCAGUGGCCACCGUGCUGGGGAUCCCCAGCCCGGGCAGGCGGGCAACUCUUCGGGAUGAGAACGCGGCCACAUUUGCUAUCGGCUGCGCAAUCCAGCCUGCCGCGGACUUUCAUAGUAUGGCGCAGCAUUAGAAGGAGCUUUGUAAACGUCUCGUGAAUACGGUUCGCGUCAAUGCUUGCGCUUCUUCUAGUGCUGGGCCAUGCAGUGCUUUGCCGGAUUGUAGGAAGGCUGUCGCGCACUAUCAGGCUGCGGACAAGAUGGAGCCGCAGCGCAUCUCCAGCGCCCCCAACAAGGGGGACGCUUGGUGCGCUAGAAUUCUCGCGAGGCGUGCAAGUCUUCCCCCGUGCAAGUUUUAAGGGAAGAUGGUGGGCCGCUCAGGUUUUCGGUCUUUGGAUUCAUGCCCGCCCCCUCCAGCGGCGUGACCACUGGCGGCGCACUAAAGACGGCGGAGCACAAUAUCGCGCGAACCAUGUCGCCGGCAGUGCGCUCUCAGUCUUGACCUCUAAGGACGCACACACCCCCCGCAGCUACCGCCGUUCGCGCUCCGCCCCGAUGACAAGCUCACGGCGGACGUCGCGGCGCAUGUGCGCGGCACAAACAGGUGCGGGGGCUCUCUCGUUCUGAUGACUUGCAAGACAGCGAAGGGCACCACAAUGCCCACCAUCCUCACGGCGUUCAGCCUUGUACUUUAGGCCUUGGGCCAGAUGCGUCAACUGAAUAAGUCAGCCCCUGUCCUUGUGUCGUGUGGUUGAUUAAGUACCAACCAAACCAGGCGACGAAAUAACUCCCGGGAACAGAUAGGCCCCGCCGCUGCGCUUGUUCCACCGGCCUCAAAGUGAAGGCCUACGUACAAACUCCGCGGUCUUCUCGUCUCGUUCCCUGUCGGUCGUAGUUUCUCUUUUCACGCGUCGCAAUCGCAAAAAGAACCAAGGGCGGGCCUGUCGCUCGCCUCGUGUGGUCGUCUGGUCCCAAAGGACGCGCUCACAUUCACUUACCAACCUCAUUCCGCCCAUAAUUCUGCUAGUCCGUGCACUGAAACAGGUAUAGUGCCGUCGUAUGUGUAUGA